GCGACAAAGCGCAAUAGUAUCUAAAUUUGUUCAGCUCCUGGGUCGUUGGAAAAUAAGCCUGCAAGCAUAUUGCGUUUUCCAAUACUGAAAUCAAAUAGUUGGCAGAAUGUCAACUACUACAGCGCCGUCAAUGCAAAGCUCUCGUCCACCGAUGGUUCCUAAAGACUUCUCCGCUCAGCAGCCCCAAACAAUUCGUUUAUACCCCCUUUCCAACUACACAUUCGGUACCAAGGAAACGCAACCGGAGGAGGACCCCUCAGUCCUGGCCCGUCUAAAGCGUCUAGAGGAGCACUACGAGCAACAUGGCAUGAGACGGACUUGCGAAGGUGUUCUUGUUUGCCACGAACAUAACCACCCUCACGUGCUGAUGCUGCAGAUCGCCAAUGCCUUUUUCAAGCUUCCCGGCGACUACCUUCAUUUCGAAGAUGAUGAGGUAGAGGGUUUCAAGAAGAGACUAAACGAGCGUCUUGCGCCUGUUGGAUCGCAGUUCUCAGGAGAAGGCGUCAACGAGGACUGGGAGAUCGGCGACACACUUGCGCAAUGGUGGCGGCCGAAUUUCGAGACUUUCAUGUACCCCUUCUUGCCUGGUCAUGUCACCCGACCAAAGGAGUGCAAGAAGCUGUACUUCAUUCAGCUGCCUAAGAAGAAGGUCCUCUCUGUCCCGAAGAACAUGAAGCUUCUUGCCGUGCCGCUGUUCGAACUGUACGACAACACUGCUCGUUAUGGCCCGCAACUGUCGGCUAUCCCUCACCUGCUGUCUCGGUAUAACUUCGAAUUCGUGGACGAGAACGACAACGUCGUUGCUGCGACCCCGGGCACACCACUGCCUGAUGGUCAGAUCCCCCGGACUAAGGUCCUUGCAGGUGACAAUGAAACGCAGGACGAAGGCAUGGCCGACUAUACCGGAGAUCCCACCGAGAACGGAGGACAGUAAGGUCCAGCCCAGCGUGCGGGUGCGUGCAUACGUGCGUUGAUAAACAACAAUUUUGUUGCGCCCCGUUGAUUGUGGUUUCUUCAAAGACAUGAUGAGCUUUAUUAUUGGCCGGCGUUUCUAGGAGCGGAAUUUUCUCUGUUGUAUUUUUCCGAUAAUGAUCCAUCCUUUCCUCUAACACCAAGUAAAAUAAAAUCAGAUGCACUGAGCAUUAGAUAACGAAUUACACAAAAUUGAAACCCACAACCCCCUGCAGGAA